AUGGCACAAAUGCACCUGAUAGUGCUGGACAAGCAAUACAACCAGUUGGGGAGCGAUUUCCGCGACCUGAUCAAGAAAUCGGAACAGAACUGCUUGACUGAAACGAGCGAGCAUAUUUCUCUCGACGAUACUCUGCUCACUCCGUUUAGCAGUGGCACCACUGGACCGCCGAAAUGCGUGGAGCUAACCCAUCGGAAUUUCAAUACUUCCACAGCCAUCUUGAAAACUGCAAUUUUCGAUGAACUGUCGGGUGGCCGUCGGCGAGUCACCAUCGGAAUGUUACCUUUUUAUCAUGCUUCGGGCUUCUGGGCUCUGUGCUACUGUUUGUUGGAAGGACAUCGAACCGUGGUAAUGGGUCGUUUUCAUCCAGCAUUAAUGCUAAACUGCAUCGAAGAACACAAGGUUGAUACAUUGAACGUUGUGCCAGCAAUAAUAGCGACCUUAUGCCAGGAUGAAAUUCAUUUGACGCGUUGGGAUCUAUCAUCAGUGACAACUGUAUUGUGCGGUAGUGCAUCGCUGGGCAAAGAGCUUAGCAAGCGCUUUUUGCAUAAAUUCCCUCAUGUUACAAAUCUUAUACAAGGUAACCUCAUUUCAUUCGAUCUGCGCAGUUAG